AUGGAAUCAAUUCAAUCAUUAACGGCGUCGUAUUUUGAUGAAACUGCGAGCAAGUAUGAAGAAAGUAAACGACAAUGGCGUCAGAUGCUUGGAGAUAUGAACACUAACAUGAAUUGUAUCAUGAAUAAAUUGGGAUGUCUUACAGGAACAAGAGACAUGUCGUCGAACACGGAUGGCAACUCGGGACGUCCUUUUUCGACAAACACCUGUGCCCCGACAUAUAGAUCGGAACAUCCUUUUCUAACGAACCCCUAUAUGAUGGAACAGGAAGCGAAACUGGAAGCAACAACACAAUCGGUAUUUCCACUAAACGGCGUAAAACAUUCCAUCAUAGUACCACCGUCAUCAGCAGCUCCAGCUUUUCAUGGAAAGCACUCGGAAAGUCCAACGCAAUUUUUGAUCCGAGUCCAAGAAUAUGCUGAAUCAGUACACGCGUGGGAUCGUUCCACAUUACUUAACGGUAUUUCACAAUUUUUACGAGACUCAGCGUUAGAAUGGUAUUGUCAACUACGGAUGUCGCAUCGGCGGCCACAAACAUGGACUGAAUUUACGGACGUCUUUCUUGCACAAUUUAAUUCACCAGUUCGUAAAGCAAAACAAGAACAAGAAUGGCAUGAAUGUAAGCAAAAAGAAGAUGAAACUAUAAAUGAAUUUCUAGUUCGCCUUCGUGCUCUUUGGAGGGAGCAAAAGCCGAAAGAAACUGAAGGUGAUCUGGUCAAACAUCUGUUUUGUCGGAUGCGAAACGAUUUAUUAAACAUGAUAGGAACACCUCGUAAUGUUUCUUUAGACGAGUUGAUGGCCGAAGUACAACAAAUUGAAGAGAUUUUAUAUCGACAAGCCAAGAAUCAACGUCUAUUAAAUCAAUCUAAACAAUCAUCUCCUGUGGAUGUCGAACGAUCAACCAGAAAGCAUUAUAGCGAUGAUUGUUCGCGACGAAUAACUACACGUCCGAAUCAAGAACAGACGCGACAAAAUUACUUCAAGGAUACAAAAGCCUACCAAGUGAACGAAGUAACACCUAAUAGGUACCGAAAUAACUCAAAUCAUACCACUGUAGAACUAACGUCACAACAACAGGUUCAUUAUGAAGGAUGCUAUAGGUGUGGAAGAGAGGGACACUGGGCAACGGAUUGUCCAACACGAUAUGGAACGUAUCGACAAGAACGAGGCAAAUCAAAUCCAAAAAACAACAUUGAAGCACUGGACGAACGGACCAGACGCGCUCCUAUGUAA